CCCACUCUUUUCCUCUUCCUUCCCUCUCUAACACCACUAUCACCACCUCACACAAUACACACACACUCUACAGUCUACACACCUACAACUAUACAUAUAGCUAAUCGAGCUAGGCCAAAUUACCUUUGGUUGCAAGCCAAAAAGUAAGUAUCCAUCCAUACAUACAUGAUACAUCCACAUCUCUCUCUUUCUCUCUUCCCCCCACCAAGAAGAACCUUGCUUCUUCUUCAUAGUACUCCUCCUGUCCUCCCUCCCCAAUUCCUCAUCUGCCAUUCCCAUCCAUUUCUUCCUCUCUUCUUCUUCUAGCUUCUCGCUCCCCAUCGACCCUUUCCUGCUCGAUCGAGCUGCCGCCUGCUUGCGGCUGAUCGAUCGGCGGCGAAGAGCUAACUAGCUAGCAAGAGCCAGCCACCGUAAUUCUAAAUUCCAAGAUCCGACCACUAAACAAGCGGUAGCAGAGGCAUCCAAGGAUAUAUAAUAAUCCCACCCAAAUCCUAUACUAGUACUAUAACAGCACAAGCACAGCAGCUUGCAGCUUGCUUGCUUAGCUAGCCGCUGGUCAAAGGUCAAGGCCGCACAAGGCAGGCCAAUUCCGGGGAGAGGAGAAAGAAGAGGAAGAAGAAUUGAAGAUAUACAUCAGGAGGAGACCGGCUAGCUUCCAUGGAGUUCACCGCAAUUAGGUCCCCGGCGGCGGGAAGAACAAGCGAGCACGACGGCGGCGGCCCGUCGAGUACUACGGAUCAAGUUCAGGUGGAGAAGGAGCACAUGUUCGACAAAGUGGUGACGCCGAGCGACGUGGGGAAGCUGAACCGGCUGGUGAUCCCGAAGCAGCACGCCGAGAAGUACUUCCCUCUCGAUUCCACUACAGCGGCUGCGGCGUCCACGGGAGGCGGCGGGGGGCUGCUGCUGAGCUUCGAGGACCGCACGGGGAAGCCUUGGCGGUUCCGGUACUCGUACUGGAACAGCAGCCAGAGCUACGUGAUGACCAAAGGCUGGUCGCGCUUCGUCAAGGAGAAGCGCCUCGACGCCGGGGACACGGUGUCCUUCGGCCGGGGCGUCGGCUCAGAGGCCGCCAAGGGCCGGCUCUUCAUCGACUGGCGCCGGCGCCCGGACUCCAUGGCGUCCGCGCUCCCGCUCCCGCGCUUCACGAGGCUCCCCAAUUCCGUGCCAUUCGCGCCGUGGACUAUGACCGCGCCUCAGCAGCAAGGGCACCCCUUCUUCUCCGGCUCCGGCGGGAGGGCGUUCAUGGCGCCGUCGCCGCCGUCCUUCGUCUACGACGACGGGUACUACGGGGCGCCGGGCCAUGGCGGAGGGAGGCAGGUGCUGUACUACAGGCCGCAGCAGCAGCAGCACGCGGCGGUGGUGCUGGAGUCGGUGCCGGUGCGCAUGGGCAUGGCCAUGGCGGCGGAGGAGGCGGUGCCGUCGUCGGGGACGAAGCGGGUGCGGCUGUUCGGGGUGAACCUGGACUACUCGGAGGAGGAUUCGAAUUCGAGGCCGGCGCCGAUGCAGCUGCAGCAGCUGAUGUCGCCGGCGUCGUCCACGUCGACGUCGUCGUCGUCCGGGAAAGCGAGGUGCUCCUUGAAUCUUGACUUGUGAUGAGGAAGAAGAAGAAGCUAAGCUAAGCUAAAGUGGACUACUACUACUGGUCAGUCAGCUGGUCUACAUCUGCUACUUCAAUUCUGCUACUAUGUACGUAAGUACUGACACAAACGGAUCAAGACGGCGCCGGCGCCGGUCGUGGAGCAGAGACGCCACAGAUCGAAGUAAGCAAAUGUGGCGGCGGCGGCCGGUGGAUGCGUGAAGCAUCUAGCUUUCUUCGUAAUUCGUAUAUAUAGCUCAUCUCUCUGAAAUUAAUUAGCAGUGUGAGGAGAAACAAGAAAAGGGAACAGAUCAGAUUAAGCAGCAGUAACAACCAAAAAACAAUUCUUUCUAGCUUGGUGUGAUCCAUGGUUUCUUUGCUUCGAUUUGCUUUGCUUUCCGGUCCCUGUGCUCAAUUAUGGUUUAGUUGUUCGAUCUUAAUUAGCAUGA